AUGCUGUUUGCUGCCAUUUUGAUUUUGUGCUCAUUCGACCCGCCGGCCUGUGCUGCCGCGGGCGUGCACGGCGUCUGCUACGGCGUCGUCGGCGACAACCUGCCGUCGCGGGCGGACGUGGUGCAGCUCUACAAGUCCAGCAACAUCCACGCCAUGCGCAUCUACUACCCGGACCCGGAGGCCCUCGCGGCGCUGCGCGGCAGCGGCAUCGGCCUCAUCCUCGACGUGGGCGGCGUGGACGACGUCCGCGGCCUCGCCAGCAGCGCCUCCGCCGCGGCCGCCUGGGUCCACGCCAACGUCGUGGCGCACUACCCGGACGUCCUCAUCCGGUACAUCGCCGUCGGCAACGAGGUCCCCGCCGGCGACGCGGGGCUCAUCCUCCUCCCGGCCAUGCGGAACGUGCGCGCCGCCGUCGCGUCUGCGGGGCUCGCGGGCGCCAUCAAGGUGUCCACGGCGGUCCGGAUGGACGUGGUCACCGACUCCUUCCCGCCGUCGCGCGGCGUCUUCAGCCCCAGCGUGCAGCGGCACAUGGUGCCCGUCGCGCGGUUCCUGGCCGACGCCGGGUCGCCCCUGCUCGCCAACGUCUACCCUUACUUCGCCUACAGGGACAACCCGCGCGACAUCACACUCGGCUACGCGACGUUCCAGCCGGGCACGGCCGUGACGGACGACGGCAGCGGGCUCACCUACACGAACAUCUUCGCCGCCAUGGUGGACGCCAUCCACGCCGCGCUUGAGAAGGCCGGGGCGCCGGGCGUCAGGAUCGUCGUGUCGGAGAGCGGGUGGCCGUCGGCCGGCGGGUUCGCGGCGACCGUGGAGAAUGCGCGGAGGUACAACCAGGGUCUGAUCGACCAUGCCUACCGCGGCACGCCCAAGAGACCCGGAGCGCUGGAGACGUAUGUGUUUGCCAUGUUCAACGAGAACCAGAAGCCCGGGGAUCCGACGGAGAGGAACUUUGGGCUCUUCUACCCCAACAAGGAGCCUGUCUACUCGAUUAGCUUUCCCAAUUAA